CUCGUGCUCAUAUGCGUAAUGCCUUUCUGGACACACUACGACUAACAGUCAAAGGCGGCCAUGGUGGUAAUGGUUUACCCAAAUAUGGAGGCAUUGGUGGUCAGGGCGGUUGUGUAUUUUUAGAGGCAAAGGAGGGAGUAACACUUAAACAAUUGGCCCAGCGAUUUAAAGAAAAGAAAGCGGCAGCUUCUAGCGGCGAAGACAGUAGUAAAAUAAGAAUUUUGGGACGACGUGGAGUUGAUGAGAAGAUAGAAGUACCAGUCGGUGUACAAAUUUAUGAUGAUAAUGGAAAAUUGCUGGCAGAUCUAAAUGAACCAGGUGCGAAAUGUAUUGCAGCCGGGGGAGGUGUUGGUGGUUGUACGGGCACCAAUUUCUUGGGAAAACCAGGAGAGCACAAAACCAUAAAUUUAGAUUUGAAAUUAAUUGCCGAUGUGGGUUUGGUGGGUUUUCCCAAUGCCGGCAAAAGUACAUUUUUGAAAGCCAUAUCUAAGGCGAAUCCAAAAAUUGCAUCAUAUCCAUUUACGACAAUAAGACCCCAAGUUGGUACCAUAGAAUAUCUUGAUCUAAGAUCAAUAACCAUUGCUGAUUUACCGGGUUUAAUUGAGGGAGCACAUGCCAACUUUGGUAUGGGUCAUAAAUUUUUGAAGCAUAUUGAACGCACCCGCCUUCUUCUGUUCAUGGUCGAUAUAUUUGGUUUUCAAUUGAGUCCAAAACAUCAACGCCGUAAUUGUUUAGAAAAUAUCUAUGCGCUCAAUAAGGAAUUGGAAUUGUAUGACCCCACAUUGUUGGACAAACCAUGUAUUCUUUUGUUGAAUAAAAUGGACAUUGAGGGCUCUUCGGAAAUAUUGAAAGCCCAAAAGCCUUAUAUUAAAGAUUUAGAAGCAAAGCUGAAUGAAUGUCCAGCAGAAAUACGACCUGAAAGAGUAAUACGUUUUGAACGUAUUCUAUCAAUAUCUGCAAAAAAUUCCGCACGCAUUCAGGAUGUCAAGAAAGAGUUGCGUAGAAUACUUGAUGAACAUGCCGAAAAAGAUGUUGUAGCUGACGGCGAGGAAGUUAAGGAGCUGUUGAGAAAACGUGUUGGCGAACGGGGUCCGAAAAUAACAUAA